CGGGAGGGUAGGACUGUGGACCAGCCUUGGUCCGGAGCCCUGUUUCUUCAGGACUCAACCUUUCUCCAGGAGGGAGCACAGAAGAAGAUAAGAAAAUGACUCUUGAGUCUCAGGAAUUGGUGACAUUCAAGGAUGUAGCUGUGAACUUCACCCAAGAGGAAUGGGGGCAAUUGAACCAUGCUCAAAGGGACCUGUACAGAGAUGUGAUGCUGGAGAACUAUAGAAAUCUCAUCUCCCUGGGGCUUCCCAUUUCUGUACCUGAUAUGAUCUUCCAAUUGGAACAAGGGAAGGAGCCUUGGCUAUUUGAUCUGCAGAGAGCUGAAGAGAAAGAGGUCCCAAGAAAUAUCUAUCAAGACUUGGAGAGUAGGAUUGAAGUGCAAGAGUCCCUUCUGAAGCAGAACAUUUCUGAAUUAGAAUCAGCAGGAAUUUUAAUAGAAAGACUCAGAGGAGAAGAUCUUCUACCUAAGAGCAGGUUGGGAAAAAAGAGACAAAAUGCUAAAGGGGAACCAUGGGAAAAAUCCUUUUGCCUUGAAAGAGGUUUCAAGCAAAUAUCAACGAACCCUCUUAAAAAUCCCUCUAAAGACAGAGGGCCUGAAUGUGAAAAAUGUGGGAAAACCUUUUUUGAUCGCUCAUCCCUUACCAGACAUCAGAGAACUCAUACUGGAGAGAAGCCCUAUGAAUGUAAUGAGUGUGGGAAAGUCUUCAGACACAGCAGUAGCCUAAGGAGACAUCAGAUAGCUCACACAGGACAAUGUCCCUAUGAAUGUCAUGAGUGCGGGAAAGCCUUCUUUGACCGUUCAUCCCUUACUGUACAUGAAAGAAUUCAUACUGGAAAGAAGCCCUACGAAUGUGAUGAAUGUGAGAAAGCCUUCUUUGAUCGCUCAUCUUUUACUCGACAUCAGAGAAUUCAUUCUAGAGAGAGUCCUUAUGAAUGUAAUGAAUGUGGAAAAGUCUUCAGCCAGAAAAUUCUACUCACUAGACAUAAAUUAACACAUACUGGAGAGAAACCUUAUGAAUGUCAUGAAUGUGGUAAAGCCUUUUUUGGCCUCUCAUCUUUAACUCAACAUAAGAGGAUUCAUAGUAAAGAGAAGCCCUUUGAAUGUAGUGAAUGUGGGAAGGCCUUCAGCCAGAGAAGCCACCUUAGUCGGCAUCAGAGAACUCAUACUGGAGAGAAGCCCUAUGAAUGUAGUCUUUGUGGGAAAGUUUUCAGUCGAAAGUCAUCUGUCAUCCAGCAUCAGCGACGUUAUGCCAAAGAAUCGAAUUUGGGAAUGUAAUGAAUUAUAGGAAAACUUUAGUCAGACUUGUCACUUUAUUAAAUGCUCAAGAGUCGAAGUAGGACA